AUGAUGUUCAGACGGAGCUUUUCCCGUAUCCGCCAAGGUCUGCUUAUACAACGCUGUCAGGAUGUGAGAUCUUUUUCUUUCACCUCCUGUCGUCGCGAGAUUCGCGAUGCUUCUGUACUUCCCGAGCGCAUUCUGCCCGCGUAUAAGGAGAGUUCAACCUCUUCUUUGCUAUCUUUACAAUGGCCAGAACCGCCACGGAAUAUCUUGAUCAUUCCAAAGCUACAUGCUCCUAAGGUGACCGCUUCUGCUAUCUCAUUUGCGAACCACAUUCACAGCGAAUACCCCGAUCUGAAUCUCGUUUUUGAACGCCGAAUUGCUUCUACUAUGCACGAGUCCCUGCCUUUUCCUAUAUACACUUCUGAUCCAAGCUUGUUUCCUCGCAAGAUUGAUCUCGUGACCACCCUGGGUGGCGAUGGAACCAUUCUACGCGCAGCUAGCCUUUUCAGUCUUCAUGCGUCCGUGCCUCCCAUCUUAUCCUUCAGCAUGGGGUCGCUAGGCUUUCUAGGCGAGUGGAAGUUUGAAGAAUUUAAACGCGCUUGGCGUGAAGUAUACAUGAGCGGAAGCCAUGUUGCUGUAUCCGAUUUGCAGGGCCCUCAUACACAGUUUGCUACCAACGGCCGGCCUGACGGAGGCGAAGGCCGUCUUCAUAGUAGCUGGGAAGGCCUCCGCGGGAAGAGCAUGGGUCUUACUCGAUCUAGCAAAAUUCUUCUACGUCAUCGGUUAAAGGUUGGAGUUUAUAACGCUGCGGGUGUCAAUAUAAACGAGCAACUCAUACCAACCCCGAUCGCCGAGCCGCAGCAGUCCACCUCGGGGAUACCUGCCGAUUUAAAUGUUAUAGGGAGGAAUAAGGGACAAACCGGGUCACGACCAUUCCACGCCGUGAACGAACUUGUUAUCCAUCGUGGUCCAAAUACGCACCUUGCCAUCAUCGACGUCUAUGUAAAUAAUCACUUCCUGACGGAGGCCGUGGCCGAUGGAAUCUUGAUCAGCACGCCGACGGGGUCCACAGCUUACUCACUAUCUGCCGGUGGUAGUAUUAUGCACCCGUUGGUCAAAACGCUGUUGAUCACUCCAAUAUGCGCUCGCAGUCUCAGCUUUCGGCCGCUUGGCCUCCCCUUGAACACCAAGGUAGUUCUUAAGCUGAGCGAGAAAAACCGCGGACGCGAACUUGAAGUUAGCAUUGAUGGCAAGCGAAGGGCUGCUGUAACCGUUGGUAUGGAGAUCCGUGUCGAAGGUGAGACUGUUGGCCGUACUUCUGGCGGCAGCUGGGCUGGAGGGGUGCCUAGUGUCAUCAGGUCCCCUAUCAAGGGUGACGGUGAUAGAGAUGGAAUUGCGGAGGAUGAUGACGGGUGGGUUGGUGGAUUAAUUGGCCUGCUCAAAUUCAACUAUCCAUUUGGUGACGGCCAAUAA